AUAAAAUGUGAUUUAUAUCCAUUUCUAUACGCAUAAUAGUUUAAAGGAGUGGAUUUAAACUCGACGAUUAAAGUAGUUGUUACAUUUGGCUUUUGUUGGUACGCCCUUUGGAGUAAAGAGAUACAAUUUAGGUUCACAAUUUCUAAAGUACUAUUGUCAAGAAAGGAGAAUUUUUACUGCUGACCUGGGGAAGAUUUCAUUAAACUAACGAGUUACGAGCAUGUAUGGAAUAUUAAAGGUGUUCUAACUGGCUGAUGUUGUCUCAGGCAAUUCAUUUGAUCAUUAGUCAUUCACAUCACUCGAUGUCACUGAUUUGAGAGAUUUUGGUAACCAAGAUACGUCGUUGAAAGUGAAAACGGGCAAAUUGUUAUCGCAUCCCUAAGAUAGUCGUGUGAAAAAUCGGAUUAGCUUGGUAUUGCGGCAUAUUUUCUUCCUGGAUGGCUUACUAAAAUACAUUUAAGCUUGAUAUCUCCCAGAAUGUGGUGGAGAAAUGAUGUUGCACCCACGUAAUUGAUGCUAUUGACAGAUUUUCUUGGAUGUUCUCGGCUGUAAUCGUUGUGACAUACUUGCCAACGACAGGCGUGUUGCCCUGAAUCCAGGUUUUAUCAUACCAUGACGUCACGAAGUACUUGGCAACUUGUCAAACGGCAAACAUUGUCGUCUGCUCAAGCUAUUUUGCAGUGAAUGUUGGCAGUCGAGCGAUCAUCUCCAAUACAGCUCAGUUGUACUCUGUUCGUUGUCAGAUACACACGUAUUUGCGAAGCGGGGAAAACGAUUAUUCACUGUGAAUGGGGAACUUGAUUACUAUGCGUCUUCAAGGUUGACAUUCUAGUUAUGAUUGCUAUGAAGUUCAUUAUUCAUGCAGAGUACUAAAGUGAAGGAAGUGGUAUCAAUAAGAUAAACUAUUUGGACUUUAAAUACCAAAACAAAUAACAAUUGGACUUACAGCUUUAGCCCUCCGCGAGCCGACGAUGUCAAUGGCGCACCGGUCCCAACGCCAGCAGUGUUAUUUGUGUGACCUACCGCGGAUGCCAUGGGCAAUGGUGCAAGAUUUCUCGGAACCCGUCUGCCGGGGCUGCGUAAACUACGAAGGCGCCGAUCGCAUUGAGAUGGUCCUAGACCUCGCUCGGCAGAUGAAGAGAGCCACGGGGUUCCAGGAGACGCGUGGCCCAAUAAAACCUGGACCGCAUGGGCCUCUUCCGCCGCAUGCGCGAAACCCACACGAGCAUCCAGGCGUUUUGGAGCCACCGGCGCGCGGUCAUCCAGGCGGACCGCAUGGGGACAGGUACGAGCGAUCUCGAGCGAUGGUUACGGAAUUUAAUGGCAUGCCACAAGGAAUGAUGCAGAACGGUGGACCAAUGCCAAAUCACGUUGUGAGGGAUGAUUCGAAAGGGGAAAUGCAUCGUCCUUCGCACGGGGUACCCGUAACACGUGGUAUGAACUAUCCGCCCGGUUACCAUCCGGCCGUUCACGGGCCUCUUAUGAGCGGGCUUCCGCCGGCCCACAACAUAUCCCAAGGUCGCCCUGUAAAUGGCGCCGGGCCAGUUAAUGGCUCCGGACCGAUCAAAGACGAAGAGGAGAAUUCAAACCCUAGUGGAGAUGAGUUGUGGAAACGUCGGUCUCCUGAGGAUAAGCGGCCUCCAAACGUGCGUGAGAACCUGGCCAUCUUAGCCACAGUAGUGCCAUUCGAGACUCGUUAUAAGAAAGAUCAUUCAAUUUGUGGACGUGUGAUUGGAUUUGACGUACAGUCGAAAUCUGGAAAUGAAUACGAACUCAAAGUGUUUACGGAAUACCCAAUGGGCUCUGGAAACGUUUUUCCUACAAUCAUGUCGCUAUCGAAACAGAUGACACAGGACGCCAAAGACCAGAGUGGCCGAGGAGCCCCCUCGCCGGGGCUUCGAAGUCUCGAGUAUGAAAUGAAACACGGAUCUGGGGACUGGCGGCCCCUUGCGGACUUGUUGCCGGACAGAGUAAGAAUAUUCAAAGAACCGAUAAAAAAGGAAUUAUUACCAACACUGUAUAUAAACACAAGUUUACCCCAAGUUCCAAGUGCAUCAAUGUUCAGAAGCACUGCUGUGCGAGGUGGAUACCCAGAACCCAACGGACGUAAACGUAAGGGGACUCCAGAUCCGGAAAAUGACCAGCAGAGCGACCCUUCGAAAAGACAGUGGUACCCAAAUCAUUCUGACCACCUGAAAAUGGCAGGAUUUCCACAGAACUCACCGCCAAUGGGCAACCACGCUCCCAGCCCUCCUUCGGGGUCAAUUCCUGGUCCCUCGGGUCAGAAUGGCCCGUCCCCCAUGGCGGCACUAAUGAACGUUACGGAUAACCUAACCGGGGGUUCUCCUCCUGGUAGAGACAUGAACGUCCGUGUGGCGGCAAUGAACGGUGUACGUCAUAACAUUCACUCUCCCCCCUCAUUGACGCGAGGUCGGGACGGGGCCAUGGGCAACCCCGACCCAGGGGCGAACCCAGAAUCUCUAAAGUGUACAAUUUGCCAAGAAAGACUUGAGGAUACGCACUUUGUUCAGUGUCCGUCCGUUAGUGACCAUAAGUUUUGUUUUCCGUGUUCAAGGAACAGUAUAAAAAUUCAGGGCGCUGGCUCGGAAGUAUAUUGCCCCAGUGGGAAGAAAUGCCCGCUGGUGGGCUCCCAUGUCCCCUGGGCUUUCAUGCAGGGGGAAAUAGCCACGAUUCUCGGUGAGGACUAUAAGGAACCGAAAAUUAAGAAAGAAAGGGAUUCAUAAUUAGUGUAAACAUGUUUUUUUUGUAAGCAUUCCAUUUUAACUGUCGUACACAUACGAACAUUCUAUAUUGUUGCGUUUUCAUGACUAAGUGCUACAUUGAAUGAUAUUCAUACCGACUUACAACGUCUCUUAGAAACAGAAAAAAAUUUCAACCUUUUCCCAAUACCAGUUUAAUCUCCGUUUCAUUGGCAGUUCCCAGGCAGCAUGUUUGUAUAAACUUUAUGAAAAGAGCAACUUGAAGGGGCAUUUUGAUUUAAAAUAAUGUUUUACGGGGAGUUUAAAGAACAUGUAUAGCACUUUUUUCCUGAAUCGGUGAAUCACAUAAUUUAUGGACAUAACUAUCUGUUUAAAUUGUGCGUGUAGGAUAACUUUCUAAUUUAAUCGAACAUUUAACAUUUCAAACUUUUACUUUCAGAUAUUAAGUGACAUAAAUCAUAUAAAACCUGCUUGUAUUUAAAUUUAUGUUCCAGAAAUAGCAUAGUUGUCAAAAGUAGAAAUAUCGAUUUCAUUUCUUUUUUGCCAUACUUUAUUUACUUUUUGCAUAUAUUUAUUCAUUGUCAUGUUCAGUGAUUUUUAACUUGUUAUAUUUUGUUAAAUUAUAGUAUUAGGCCAUUUUAUUAAUGUUAUUGUCAAAGUUGAUAACUUCUGUAAAUAAAUAUUUUGAAAUUUUA